UGCCGCGAAAAUGUUUCCACCAUCGCUGGGUUUAGACGCUUCUCCGCCACCGACAUUUAUGCUUUUGACGGAAUUUGCGAGGAUCUUGUCCCGCUCGGAUGUUUAGGCUCGGUCUUCUCGCGGCGUUUGAGGACCAACGGUGAGGUGUGGCUUACACGUGACGUGAUUUGUCAGUGCCUGGAAGGAUAGGAUCUAAAACUAUUACUUUGCCUUCAAGGAGACAUUCCAGAAAGUUUGGUCAACCACCAUGUCUUUCCUGUGGUCUGGUGCCCUCUCGUGACCCCAAUGACCUCGACACCAGUUUUGACCGUAGAGUCAGCUUUGACCCCAAACCCUUUCUACGACCCCUGAGAAGAGACGUUAACUGACCGCGCACAUAAGCUGCAGUGGGGUGGUCUUCCAAAUGCCUACCUCACGCCUAAAGAGCAAUUCAAUCCAGCUACAGCCCUGAUCAGCAGCCACCAUGACAUCAAGCAUAGGGGAUGAUUGUAGCAUCUUUGAUGGGUUGAUGGAAGAAGAUGAAAAGGACAAAGCAAAACGCGUGUCCCGUAACAAGUCCGAGAAGAAACGGAGAGACCAGUUCAAUGUCCUCAUCAAGGAACUCGGCACGAUGUUGCCUGGCAACACCAGGAAGAUGGACAAAUCCACCAUCCUGCAGAAAAGCAUUGACUUCCUGUGUAAACACAAAGAGAUCGCCGCUCAGUCGGAGUCGAGUGAGAUCAGGCAGGACUGGAAGCCUCCAUUUCUUAGCAAUGAAGAGUUCACCCAGCUCAUGCUGGAGGCUCUGGACGGGUUCUUUAUAGCAAUAAUGACGGAUGGCAACAUCCUCUACGUCUCUGAGAGUGUCACCUCACUACUAGAACACCUACCGGCGGACUUGGUGGACCAGAACCUGUUAAACUUCCUGCCAGUUGGGGAACACUCCGAUGUGUACAAGGCUCUGUCCACGCACCCUACCGACCCUGAGAACCUUAGCUCUGAUUACCUGAAGACUAAGAAUCACAUGGAGUUCUGCUGCCAUAUGCUACGAGGGGCCAUUGACCCCAAAGAACCCCCCGUCUAUGAAUAUGUGAAGUUCAUCGGCAACUUCAAGUCACUCAACAACGUUCCCAACGUGACGAGGAAUGGUCUGGCAGGGGUGUUACAGCGGUCGCUACAACCUGCAUUUGACGACCAGGUGUGCUUCGUAGCCACAGUCCGACUGGCCAAACCUCAGUUUAUUAAGGAAAUGUGUACAGUGGAGGAGCCCAAUGAAGAAUUCACCUCCAGGCACAGUUUAGAAUGGAAGUUCCUCUUUUUAGACCACAGAGCUCCACCAAUCAUAGGCUACCUGCCUUUUGAGGUCCUGGGAACAUCGGGGUACGACUAUUACCAUGUGGACGACCUGGAGACACUAGCCAGGUGUCACGAACACUUGAUGCAGUACGGUAAAGGGAAGUCUUGCUACUACCGUUUCCUGACUAAAGGUCAACAGUGGAUCUGGCUGCAGACGCAUUACUACAUCACCUAUCACCAGUGGAACUCUAGGCCUGAGUUUAUUGUCUGCACACACACAGUAGUCAGCUAUGCAGAGGUGAGGGCAGAACAGCGUAGAGAACUGGGUAUUGAAGAGUCUAACCCAGAGGUGGCUGUGGAUAAGAGUCAGGACUCUGGCUCAGAGUCACAGCUGAACACAUCCAGCCUCAAGGAGGCUCUGGAGCGAUUUGACCACAGCCGAACACCCUCAACCUCCUCACGGAGUUCCCGGAAGUCCUCAUCACAUGUCUCUGACAACACUUGCACUUCAACAGCAUCCAAGCUACACAUGGACACGGCCACGCCUCCUCGGCAGUCACUAGCCUCCACCAUGGAGAUGACAUCACAGCGCCGCUCAUCCAUCAGCAGCCAGUCUAUGAGCUCUCAGACCACAGGCCAGAGUGUGACUCCAGGCAUGAUCACACAACAACAACAACAACAACAACAACAACAACAACAACAACAACAACAACAGCAACAACAACAACAACAACAGCAACAACAGCAGCAGCAGCAACAACCACAGCUACAGACAAACGUACAGCCGGUGAUGGAGUUCUCGGCACAGGUGAAUGCCAUGCAACACCUAAAGGAGCAGCUGGAGCAGAGGACCAGAAUGAUCCAGGCCAACAUCCAGAGGCAGCAGGAGGAACUCAGACACAUCCAAGAGCAGCUGCAGAGAGUCCAGGGACAGGGCAUACAGAUGUUGCUUCAGCAGCAGGGUGGAGCGAUGAACGUACAGCUCCCUCAGGUGGGGUCAGUCCAGCAAACGAGUACUCUGACCAGUCAGGUCCAGCAAACGACCAUUAACCCCGUCCAUUCAGGAACUCAGCAGCUCACGAUCCAGCAGCAGGCACCCCCCCCUCAGCAGGCCCUACAGCCGCAGACCAACGCCCUCACACAGCCCCAGCGUCAAUCCCAGCAACCUGCCCAGGCUCAGCCCCAGACCCAGGGCUCUGUAUCUACUCCACUGUACAACACCAUGAUGAUUUCCCAGCCAGGGCAGCCCAAUGUGCUGCAGAUCAGCACCAGCCUGCCACAGAACAACACACCGCAAGGCACAACCGUGGCCACCUUCACACAGGACCGACAAAUCCGUUUCCCAGCAGGGCAGCAGCUGGUGACCAAGCUGGUGACAGCUCCAAUGGCAUGUGGCGCAGUCAUGGUUCCCACCUCCAUGUUCAUGGGACAGGUGGUCACCGCAUACAACCCCUUUGGUGGGCAACAGCAGGGAGGGCAGACCCAGACCUUGACUCUGCAACCAGCCCAACCACCUCAAGCGCAGCCAGAUGGCCAAAACCAGACAGCUGUAGUGGCUCAGAGCGGCCAGCAGGGGCAGCAACAACAACAGCAAUUUCUACAGGGCACUCGUCUUCUUCAUAGUAACCAGUCUACUCAGCUGAUUCUGCAGGCAGCUUUCCCACUCCAACAACAGGGCACAUUUACCCAGGCAACACACCAACAGCAAACACAGCAACAACAACAACAACAACAGCAGCAGCAGCAGCAGCAGCAACAGCAGCAGCAGCAGCAGCAAAGGCAACAGCAGCAGCAACAACAACAGCAGCAGCAAUCUCACCACCAGAGGCACCAGCAGCAGCUGAAACCACAGCCCCAGAAACAACAGAAAGCCCCAACAUCGCACAGGACUGACAGUGUCAGCAGCCAACCACAGUAAAGUAUUUGAGGAAAACAUGUUAUGCUAGAAAACUUGGGGGAACUGAAACUCUUAAGGAAUUGUGGCAUACAUUUGUUUUGGUCGUGUGGCUGCCACAAACUUCCUUUCCCCCAAAAUGUCCUCCUUUCCUCCAGCUGAAAGAAAUUAAUCAUAGGAAAGAGGAAAGAGUCCACAAGGAACUCACUGAGGAUUGUCACCAUGGCAACAGGAUGGAUUAAAAUCCCCUUUUCCCUCACCAGAGGCGGAGUUGUGAGGGAUCUCCAGUCUCCGUGGAAAGCCCACAAAAAUCCAGAGAACACCUUAUCGCCACGGUAACGACUGACUCUUUUUGAAGGUGUGUCAAAGUGGACUGACCUUGUACAGAUUUACUGUAUGAUAAAAAAACAAACUUGUAAAUAUCCAGUAUAGCCUAACAGGAAACAGAAAUGUAGUAUUUUAUAUGAUUGCAUGGAAAAAAUAACUGUGUAAGCUUUUAUUAGCCGCUUUUGAAAAAUGAAUUUUUACUUUGUUCAAGUGUUUUCUGGUCAAAGAUGGAGCGGUGACGUGCUCUCUAAGACCCCCCUCUCCCUCCUCCACUUGUCUCUUUUAGAAAAAAAGUCCAGAAUGAGUCUUUAAAGUUCUGUCAGUUUGUUUAAAAAAUGGUUGGGCUUGGGUUUUUUUUUUUGUGGAAGUUGUGUUUUUAAACACUGUGUCUCUGAGACAAUAACGCUCUUUUUAACUUUGUAAUCACAAAUUAUGUUUGGCAAGAAACUAGAUUACAGUUGAACUGAAUUAUUUGCAGGAUGAUCACUGUACGUAUAACGGGUUUAGUGAUUCCAAGUGCCAAUAACAUAGUCAAUUUUUUUUUUUGAGCAAACUAUUCAAAGGCGUAUAUAUUUUUCAACAAAAUAUUACCCCUAAUAAAGUUCAUGCGUGUGUAUAUAGUAGGGAUUAUUUUUUAACAGUCAGAGAGCCCUAUACGUAACAAACAGUAUAUCCUCAACCUCCUGAAACUUUAGCACUUGAUGUGGUUGUGUACAGUAAAUCACUGUCGAGACCUAGUUGUUUGUAAUCUGUGGUGUGAUUCUGUGAGUUAAUGUGUGUUUUUGGGGAUACAAUCUGUGUGUGCGCAUGAGUGGGCAUGAGAGUCUCUGUGAUUGUGUAUGUUUGUCGCCCCUUGUGUCUUACAAUAAUUGACUUAGUAAGGGUUUGAAGUUGCUGGAUGGUACUUGUAUUCUCAGGAAUGUGGAAAGUUUUGCUUCUGCCUCAGUCUGGAACCAGACCAUGAAGGAUUACACAGUGAUGCUGCAAAGACCAGAGGGAGAAUAGUCAUAAAGGGUGUGGUGACUGAAUCAAAUCUGACCCAGAUUUCUAAGAGCCUUCCUCGUUUCCUUAUCAAAGGAAAAAACAGAGGUUGACUACUCCAUAGGAAUAAAGAUGUAGAUGGAGAAGGGUGUUGUUGAGAUAAAGUAGUGCAGAAAUAUAUAGAAUCCCCUCUCAGCUUUCACUCAGAUAGAAAUCUACUGACUUCAUUGUAACAUCAAAUCUGUCUCAUGGUCUUCUGUAUCAUCAGUGUUUCAUCCUUGUUUCUCUUCCUAGGCCUCAGAAACCCUCAUGCAGUUCAGUUCACUUGUCUCUCAGUUCUAAAACAGCAGUUUAAAAACAGGGCUGGGCCUAGGUCCAUUUUAAAUUUAGAUGGAAAUGGGCUCAGCCCCUGUACUACGGUUGUAAGCCAUAUCGAACAGAAAAGCCUUGGAUUGGAGGAAUUGUAAUGGUUGGCAAAGGAGCAUUUUGAAUGUGUUGUUUUGUCUCUGAGUGUAGUAAAGAGUCUGUGUUUGUGUGUGUGUGUGUGUGUGAGAGAGUGUGUGUGUGUGUGAGAGAGAGAGCGAGAGAGAGCGAGAAUAUAGAGUCUCCUCUUCUUGAUCCUACUUGUAUCACUCGGGGGUCAGUAUUGGUUUCCCCUGGCGAUAGCCAAUCAGUUCUUGCGUUGCAGUAUAAAGAAAUAAUUGUAAUAUUCAAGAAACUUCCACUCUGGUUAGGCUUAGUAUUCUGCAAGCCCAAGUGUGGGACAGCUCAACUUGAAUACAUGUUUGUGUGAGAGAAAGAGUUUGUAUGCAUGUUAACUGUCACUGUAACCCAUUAUAUUUUCAUAUGGAAAAGUGUGACUGGAAAAGGAUGGAUGUGAGGCUAUGCAGAGCAUUGGUCACCUGUCAGGCUAAUGGGCAUUGUUAUUGUUUUACAAUGAAAGACUGCUCAACAAACAUUUAUCACAAUAUCUACACAUCAGACCAGUCUCAAAUAGUAGCCCUCAGAAAUAUGCUUUUAAUUUAGUUUAAAUAGCCAUUUAUGCGACUUAGCAGGGACAAAUUCUUGUCUUGAGUCAGAAAAAAUAAAUAGUUUAAGAGAUUUUACAGCAAGGGUCUUACUAUUCGAACCAGGUCUUCCACCCAUCACAUAGCAAAUAGAUCCUCUAUAGACUAGUUUGUGUUUAAAGCAUCACUCUAAAGGGUAAUGUUGAAAUGUUAAUAGUUUGUGUCACUGAUACCCAGCCCAAAGAAUGUAAAGGUGUUUUAAAGAGACUAAUGGAUGUUGUAACUGUUGAUUAAGGAGAACCUUUGACAGGGUUUGUGAUGAAGGAAAACGAAGGGUGUGAGAGAGAAUCGUGUGUUUCACCGCAAGAAUCCACAUUUAGAAUCUGAAAUACAAUCUUAUUUACAGGCUUUGCAUUGUACAAGAACCUCUGAAUGUUUCGCCAUUACAAACUUUCUGUUUCUGUUUUUGCAACAAUAAUGUUCUGACAACAUCUGGUUUGGGGAAAAAAAAAGAGUUUGAGGUGUAGGAUAUUUGAAAUGGGACGCCACUGACAAGACGGCACGGCUCCCCUCCACACAGAUCACCUUUCCACUACACAAUUUGGUUGAAAUGAGUCCUAGUUCUAGUAUAAUACUGUACACAUACACAAAGCUAAGAACACCAGUAUUCAGUGUAAAAUGGUGCUAUGCUUACCUGUACUGUAUGUAUGUAUAUCCCUUCUUCUGCUCUUGAACUGUGCUCCUUUAUCUACCCCAAAGUCAAAUGUAAUAAUAAUCAAUAUUUUGAAGCAAAAAUGUUUGCUAUUAUUAUAACCCCCCCUCUCCCCUCUUGGUCAAUUUAAAAUAAAAACAGUUGCAAAUAUUAUACGUGA